AUGGCGUUCUUUGAGAGUGCUCCUUGUAUGUCCCGAUUAGUGGCUGUUAUGAACAUUUUGGGACGUCCAUUUACGUCUGCAACUAAUGUGCUGAACAUGGCGUAUUUGUUUGUUUGUGGAGACCGUGUUACGUUGCAAGAGGAAGGCGACGAGCGGCCCUCGACUGCCAUAAAUGAUGAAUGCCAAAUGGCGCAAGAAACGUCCUUCGUCCAGUUCUCAGCAUUUGUGGACAACCUGAGCUUUUUAUAUCCAGGAAUCUUCGAUAAUUUAGGACCAAACUCAUUUAAACAGUUUGAUCAAUUCUGUGUGGGCCAAGAGUUUCCUUUUAGUGCCGUGUUUAUCACAGAACGUGAAUGUUGUCGUUUUUGCGGAGCAAAACUGACAGUUUGUGAAGAUCAUAAAGAUGUCGUUGUGUACCAUUUAACGCGCGGUACAUACUUGGGAAGUAGAUUUACCAAGAAGUGCUCCAGGUGUAAAACACAAGAACAUUAUGGACAUUACAAGAAAGGAGGAAAAAGAAUUUUCGAUGGUGAAUGUCUAGAGAAGGAGUUCUUGUUGGCAACGGAGGAUACUGCUAUUGACAUGCAGCUCAUGAGAUAUUUGGACGAAGAGGUGGUUCAAGGUGCCUGUCCAUUUUUAUUAAAAGCGAAAGUCUACAAUAGUGUUCAUGGUUAUGGAAACUUGACAGAAUUGGAGAAAACCAAUUUAGAAGAAAAUGAUAUAAAACCAAAGAAGAGAAGGUAUGUAGCACUUUAGUAAUUAUUAAUUACUGUCGAAACAUUGGAAGUGUUGAUAAAAUAUUGCAUAAAUUCCUUUAUUCAGGUUGAUCAAAUAUUUAUUUGAUAGAAAAUUGAUAAACUUCCUGUCACUUUUAGAUGAGCCAAUUGGAUUGCGUUUCAGAACUGAUUGACCAAUAGGAAUUAACGCACAGGAAGUAAAAAGAAAUUUGAAUUCCUAGGAAUUGAUCAAUUUGAGGAAAUGAAUCCAUGCAAUAUUUUAUCAACACUUCCAUUGGCAUUGCAAUGACAAAAUGCUCCCUUGCAAUUGUGGUGCAGCGCUUUAACCAGCUGAGCUACAGAGUCCAGUUGUCGAGCUCUAACCACAAGUUCAUGUCAACCUGCGGCCCUGCAAGUAACUAAGUAAACAAAGUGAGUUAAGUGUCUAUACAGCCGGGUAGGGAUGUGGCGGGGGGGGGGAGGGGGGGGUUCAGUGGGUUAAACCCCCCUACAAUCUUAUAUUCUACUAACUACUAUAUCAUAUUAUAGAAUCUACUAACUACACUUAUAAAGUAUUCAACCGCACCAAAAUUUUGCUUCACCAUAAAAAUUCAACUUUAAAGGGGUCCUACAGUCAUUUUUCCACAGAGAUUCGUUUGGCUGUAUCUUGCAUGCAGUAUCCAUGAGUAUGAGUACAUCCGCACACCGGAAGAUGCAUGCAUGCUGUGAUGCGCAUGUUAAUUCUUUUCGACUAAAAAAUUAGUGUAGGGCCCCUUUAACUAUAGUCACUACAUAGCCAACACUGUGAGUGCUGUUCAAACUUGUGAGUGCUCCGAGGCUCAACUUCAUUUUCUUUCGUUGAUCACAUGUAGCAUGCUGUUUGUCUUUUUAUUUUGAAUUCUAUAUUUUGAAUCGGUUUUUCAGUUAGUCGGUUAUCUGAUAUUUAGAAGACUCGUGAAACCUAUCUGUAAAAAUAACCGAUUCAUCUUGGUUAACCGAAUAACCGCAUCACCCUAGCCAGCAGUUUACUAAAAAGCUAGCUGUAUAGUCAAUUUGUUUAGUAACCCAUUAAGCUGGAUAGCUUUGGCAUAUUUGACAAGUAAAUUUCUCUGGCAUUAGACAAGUAAAAAAUAAGUAGGGCACAUUGCAGCUCAAAUAUAGGUUAAACCUGUGUUCUUCACAAUCUUUGUGAAUGCAAUGUGUAAACAUAGCAGGCCUGGCCAAUGUGUGAGAAAUGUGGAAAUUUAUAAAGGUUUUUUUGUGUGAAGUGAGUGAACAGCCAGUUUUUUAGUAAACCUAUACACUGUCUAUAGUUAAUUAAAUUAAGGUUGAAUUUUUAUAAUAUAAACCAAUCGCAACCCCAAACCCACCUCAAGUCAGACAAAACAUGCCAUUAGAUUUUAUAUUAAUACAAAAAAAUUUCUAAGUGAUUGCCACUGCUGGCUAUCUUAGUAUCUAGUAGUCACUUCGUUUUUGUGAGAUUUUGGUCUAAGCCAGCACGUUUCCACUUAGAGGAAUGUGGCCAGAUUGGAAAGAAUUUAUUUAAUAGAUAACGUAGGAGAAUACAGUAUAAUACAGUUUUUGUUGCAAUGAAACAUUAUGUUGUGCGAACCGAACCUUUCCUGUGUGAUUUUAAUUCAUCUAUCCUCCCCCCCCCCCCCAUUAUUAAUAACCGGGACAAAAUGACGAUUUGUGAACAUGGGCCCCUGUCCCUCUGGAAAUUGCUGAUGAUAAACAAUAUACGAACAUUUUAGCGAGAUUUCCGGGCCCCUCUGAGCACUCCGGGCCCCAGGUAUUUUGCCCCCCCCCCCCUCUUGCCGGCCUUGCUGGUCCCUAAUCCAACAAAAAUUGUUUGCCAAAGUAUUAGGUAAUAUUUCCUUUCCUUACGCUGGUAGAUGUCUCAUUACAUAUAAAACCCACAAAAUGCUGCUUUUCAUGUGAUUAGUUAAUAAAAAAAGAAAUUUUGAUCUGCAAUUACUUGUUUUUUUUGUUAAUUUUAUGCUAAUUAGUUUGUACUCUUAUCAGUUAUUAUGAUGAAUGAUAUAUUUAGUACUUUUAACUAGAUUGUUGUUGUCAUAAUUUGUUUGAACACUAAAUAUACACUUUUACAAAUACAGCCUGAGAUAUACAGGCUAGGUUUAUGCUGUAAAUCAUCUGAACAGACUAAAAACAUAAUUUAUUCUAAAUUAUUAUUAUUAUUAUUAGAACUUUAUUUAAAGAAGGUUAAUUUACAAGGAAAUAUGCCAGUUUAGCUUUUGCUAAUCUUCCAGUGGACCUUCUAAAGUUAACUAUAUAAUCGAAUAUAUUUACAAUUACAUGCAUUACAAUUAACAUUUGUACAGAGUACAGUAUACAUAAUUACAUAAAGUACAUAUCGAUGUAGGUAUAACAAAUUAGAAUUAACACACACUGUACAUCUUACCGGUUAUUUUUAUACAUAUCCAAAAACAAUAGCCGGUUCCCCUUAUUACGUAUUCUGAAUACAACUACCAUGAUACUUUGCUGGUAUUUUCUUCAUUAUGCAAUACACGUCCGAAAAGCAUGCUGGUAGUUGUAUUCAGAAUACGCAAUAAGGGGAACCGGCUAUUCACAGGCUUUACGCUUGAAUGCUUGAAAUAAGCUGGAAGAUCUAAUAUCUGGUGGCAACAUAUUAUAAAAAUAUGCUCCAGUGUACCGAAGUUCAAGCCUGGUGAUUAUUAGUUUAUGGUUUGGUAUCCAUAAGUUCAUAUUGGGCCAUGCCAUUUAAUAUAGGCACCCUCCCCCCCCCCCUAUUGAGGGGUCUGGAUAUCCUAUGGGGGGGGGGAGGGGGUUUUUACCUUAAAAUUUCCUAGAGGGUAGCUUAAGAAGUUUUCCAAAAAAUAGCAAAAAUUAGGUGUUUUAGUGGGACUCCUCAAUAGGGGGGGGGGGGUGCCUCCCAUUGGCAGUACUUCAUGUAUGUCGCUGGGAAAUUGUUGACAAUGGUUUGAACAUAUUACAGCAUCAAUGAAAUCGAAAUUUUACCAUUAGAUAUACCAGAGGGUUAAAACGACAAGAAAAACUACAGAUGCGGAAAAGUCUUGACAGACGUAGACUUGAAGAGGCAUUCUUGCUGUAUGCAGUGUUGAAGAUGCACUUUGAAUAUGACCUAAAGAUUGAUCAUGUAGACUAUGACAGAAAUGUUUUGGUUGAGAAGGUUAUUGAACCUUUUCGUGAGAGGUUUCUGGAAAAAUGGAGUGGUAAGUUUGAUGUUAAACAUUUUUAUUUUCCUUUAUGUUUAUGUAUCAUGCAGAGUAAUGUCCAGCUGUUGUUUGGAUAACCCGAGGACAUACUUUGCAAACAUUCCUUGGCUGUAACGAAAAAGCAAGACAUGCCAUUUUAUGAUAACCUGGUCGCAGUAAUUGCUGAUGAAUCUCACACUUCAGUGAAUUAAUUUUUUUACCAACUAAGAUUGUUGGCCCAAACUGCGGAUUUUCUACCACAAGGAUCACAGAAUGUUUCGGAAUAUAAAUGUGGAUAAUGAUGUAACUGCCACUGGUUCCAAAUUUAGUUUUUAGGGAACACUUACAAAUUGUACAAAUAUUGUUUGGAAGUGCCAUAUAAAUUAUUUUAUCGUAGCUUUUCUUUUGUUUUACAUUUGUUUAUUUCUUCAGUAUACAGUAUUUGUUACAAGUUUAUAUAAGAAUUGGAAAAGCGUGUCCAGUUUUAAGUCAAAUGUUAUUGUUUUAUGGUUAAUUAGACCAUAAAUCAAAUAAAGAGGUGUGCUACUUUUUCUGCUGGAGUGCUGGGCACAGCUGAAAGCAUUUCCUUAGCCUAACCAAAAUACCUGCUCUGCUCACUAGUGGUGAAUUAGUAUAUUUUGGUAUGGCAACAUAAGAUAGCCAAGUAAGACAACUCUUGACGAAGGGCCUUUGCUUGAAACAUUGAGUUUCUAAUUGUUUUUUUUUCAGUUGGUUUUGGCAAACUGUUCGACCCUUGCAAAGACAGGAUUGCUAAUUAUUUGUAUUGGGCUUGUGGGCUUAUUGUUUGAACUGUAUUUCUGGACACCUGUCAGUGAUAAUUGUACAUGUGAUGAAGAUCAAGUUAUACAGUAUAAUAACCAUGUAAAACUUGCUGCUUGGUAUAUGUAAAAAGAAAGAUGAAGAGUUUAUAGAAAUUUAAAAAAUUGCCCCAAUUUUGCUCCCACAAGUCCAUGAGUGUGGAAGCAAAGUCAUUCUAUUAUGCUAUCAACUGGCAUUUGCAACGAAUAGGUCAUAGCUGCAAGGAAAUUUUAAUCUAAAAUUCUGAUUGUACAUAGUUAGCUGAAUUGUAUUUUUUAGGACACAGAUGCAAAGUAAAAGGUUGUGGUUCAGUUAUGGUUUUGGAUGGGAACAUGAAGAAUGCAAGAACGGUUUGCAGUUGCAAUAGUGUUGGAGAGUUAUCUUUUGGUGAACUUGGAAGUGUGCUUAUUGGUAAUACAUAUUUUGUGUUGUGUAUGCUUUGAACAAAAUAUUUUGCCUGUUUGCAUAAAUGUAUAAAUAGGCAACUAGUGCAAAUAUUCUUAUUGCCGUGAAGUGGAAUUAAGUGUACUCAUGACAUUGAGCAGAAAUAAUUAUACAUAGAAAAACAUGUUGAUUUUAAAAUGAACUAUGCACAUUAUUACCCGUUUUAGGGUCUUAUAAAACGGCGAGGCAAAAUAAUUUGCGUCGCCGUUCUUUAAAUCAUUAAGCUGCAGAGCUUCCCCAUUGAUGGGUAAAAUUGUCUGGCAAUAGACAAGUAAAAAAAAUAAGUAGGGCGCACUGGCGCACAUUGUGGAUCAAUGGGUGAACUAGAGACAUCGUCAGAUUUUUUGGUGACCCUGUUAAGCUGAAGAGCUUUCCCAUUGACGAGUAAAAUGAUCUGGCGUUAGACAAGUGAAAAAAAAUAAGUAGGGGGCACUGGCACGUAUUGCAGCUCAAUGGGUUAAGAGCCUCUGGAAGCAAGGUACAGUACGCGUAGCUGAUUAUUUAGGGUUUUGGUGUUCCCACUUUAGUUUCAGUGGUCCAUAUUGCUUGAGACACAAUGUUCUUUAUUUCAUAAUCCUUCUAAACAUAUUUUGAACAUUCACAUGGAUGUGUGUGAAUUCCUAUCAAGCAUGAUGUUUUACCCUGAUGCAUAAUGUUGUUAAACGGAAGGCACAAGACACUAAUUAUUACUUAUGCAUAUUUAAAUUUUAGGUUGUCCAAACACACCUGGAAAGGGAGUCCGAUAUUGCCAUAGUCAUGAAGGACUUGCAAGAAAAUACAUAGACGAAAAUAUUGCUGUGGAAGAUGCCGGGAAAAUAGGAAUAUCGACUGAUGAAGAUUUAAUUAUUGUUAGGGUGUUAAACAAUAAAUUGACUAGACAAGGAAACGUUUGUGAGGUGAGUUACCAUUUGAUUACAUAACUUCAUCAGUACGUUUUGUAUAACCCUUAAUAUAUAAUUAAACACAUCCUUUUUGCCUACAAUAAAAUCACUUCUAACAAAACUGUAGAAGUGAAAGGCACGUAUAUUAGACUUAUUAGUCAGUAUGGAACAAUGGUUGUAAAUUUUUAAUGACAUUGCAGGUCGUCGUUUAGAUUAAAUUAGCUGUAUAAGUAGUUCUUUCUCAAAUAAAUAUUAAGGUUGAAUGGUCCAAUGGUCAAACCUCAUGGGUCAAAGAAAGUAACUUGCCCUCUGGCCUGAAAGGAGUGAAAGGUGUGCAGUUGGAGAAUGUUGUUAGAGCUGUUGAUGUUGUUCAGUUUGGAAAGAAGUUGCGCUUUUUAGUUAAGAAUGAUGCUCAACAGAAGCUUGAUGGCUCCAAAUUAGUAGGAAAGUAAGUCCUUAUCUUGUGGUAAAACAUUGAAAUUUGUGUUCGUAAAUGGCAAAGAAAGAGGCAUUGUAUAAAGAGCCUGGAAGUUGGUGGAAUAAAUGGCGAUAACAACUAUGCAACUGCACGUAUUUGAACAAGAGUAUUGGAACGACUUUGUGGAUAGUUUUUACAUGCUUUUUAUAUAUGAUACAUACUUUCGUUACGGGUUACUGUGGGUAAAUUACCAACCAUUUCCAAUGCAAAAUUUGAAAACAGUUUCGAUAAUUUAGAUAAAAAUUGUAAUAUUUUCAAAAACAGUAAAUUUAACGUAUCUAGCCAUUUUUUCUCCAGUGCCCUCUCCUCCCAGCCAUAAAUAAUGACUGUUCCGUAUUGGACAAUACAUUUUUAUGUGCAUUCUUAAUAAAAUGAUUGCUUGAUUUAGCAAUGGGUUUGGUAUUGCUGAUGAAGACGAUGAAAUGGUUGCAGAAGGUGAGAACGGCAGAAGAAAGUUAGUUUGUGGAACUACGAAAGAAAAGCAUAAAGCAAAAAAUCUGAAAACUGCUGGUAAGGUUUUUUAUAAUAAAGGGCCGUUUACACCAGCAAUUUUUCCUGUGAUUUUUAAUACGAUUAAUAUUCUGAGUAUAUGUACCCUCAUCUAAACAUUCAUAACUCAUCCACUCCUUCACAUCUAUCAGAAGAUCGCACUAGAAAACGCAGCAAAAAUUGCAAGUACAAACGGGCCUUAAGAGAGGUUUAUUUAUUAGACAUCAUCCUAAAGGUGCAUGUUAUGAUCCCUUCUGAGUACCAUAGAACUCUGAUCAGUCUAACCAAACCUCGUCCCCCCACCCCCUUUACUUUUGGGUGUGGUGAAUUUGAAUCAAAAUUAUGCAUGUUUCAGUUUGAUAAUACAAGUAGGGCAAAUAGCGCUUGAAGUGAAUGUUAAAAGUCCAUAAGUAAAGUGUUAAAUCAUUAUGCGGAACGUUCCUGGUGCGUUUAACCAGUUAUAUUUGGCAUUCCCUUUAAAUAAUUGUAAUGUUUAUGCUUGAAACCUAAAUCUGUUGGCAAUUGUUGUGUACAGUGUCCGUAUUGUGUGGAUGUGUUGCAUACCAUUUCGAUGGUUUAACCUUGUGAGAGUGACGUGAUUGUGAUUCGCUGUUUAACGUCAGACACAUGUUUUUCAGACGUGGCAUUGUUCUUUAUGGUUAUUCUUUUUAAAAUGACCAAUGCUAGUCCAGUUUUUGUAUACAUUGUAUUAUUACUUUAAAAAUCCCAAAGUGCAUUACAUAUGUUAUACAACGUUCGUUUGAUUUUACUCCAUUUAGGUUGUCUUUCGUUUCAAUGGCCCUGCGGUAUCGUAAUUAAUAUUGCAGAGAUGUUUAACUGCGAAUCAAAGAGCCAAGUAUAUGGUCAUUUACAUGAACUAAUGGAAAGAGACAACAUGUCAGCAGUCAGUAAGUUAUACACCUGUACAUGCAGUAUAUGGAAUGGAAUAUUAGCAAUUCAGAUCAGGUGA